UCCUACGAGGAAAGCUGUGCCAAACUUCAGUUCGAGUUAAAGUUUGGAUACCCUGAUCAUUUAACAGGUGUAAACACUGAAAGUAAAUACAAAUCUAAAUGUUACAUCUUAACCCUGUUCACGUAUAUUCCCAUCACGGAUUCUUAAAAGGGGAUUAUUUUCUCUAUCUGGUCUCGCAUUUUUAUUUUUUCUAAAGAAAUGGAAGCGAGCUCGGGAUCGCCUGUCUCCCCAGUGGACAGCUCAGUUACCAGCGAAGAGGAGGACAGACAACCGAGAAGAUUCGGAAGGAAGAGGAAGCGCAGCAAGAAUCUAAACGGUGACUGCAGUCCCUGUUCAGUUAAACGAAGCAAAAAAUCGAGUCCCAGCAGCGCGCAGUCAUACGAGGAGCUCCAAAAUCAACGGGUCUUAGCGAAUGUAAGGGAGAGACAGAGGACCCAGUCUCUCAACGAAGCCUUUGCUUCCUUACGGAAAAUCAUCCCCACGCUGCCGUCGGACAAACUGAGUAAGAUACAGACACUGAAACUUGCGUCCAGAUACAUAGAUUUUCUCUGUCAGGUCCUACAAAGCGACGAGAUGGAUAACAAGAUGUCAAGCUGCAGUUACGUCGCUCAUGAAAGACUCAGUUACGCUUUCUCAGUCUGGCGGAUGGAGGGCGCGUGGUCCAUGUCCGCGUCCCACUAGCUCCAGUAGCCUACGAUCCGUAAUGCCAGGGCCUGUUGACUUCAACGGUUAACGAAGCCAAAGGACUUGAAGAAUCCGGCCGGACGGACACCAGUGGAGCAUGAAGGACGUCAAAGUGAAUCAAAAUGCUUAAAAAACAAUUAAAGAGCACAAUCACAAUCAUAUUACACCUCUUAGUAAAGUAAACGCUGUUCUUUCAAUGUCAGAAUGACGAGCCGGGAUUUUCGCAGAGUGUAUACCUUUAUGUCAUUAUAUUCAAAACAGAAAUGUAUGUAUAAUGUAUGUAUAAAAGGAAUUAUUGUGAAUAUUUGAAUACGAAGCCCUAUAAUAUACAUUCUAAUGGAU